AUGCUGGCCACCAAUGACCGUAUUGGCGUAGGGGUCCAAAUGAUCCAACAUUACUCGAACAAAGGUCAAAAGUGCUGGGUCCUCCACCACUAUAAUCCUACGGUAAAGACGGGCGAUUGCCGGGAGGUUUCCAACGUGGAUCCGUUCUACGGAUUGUCUUUUAAGGUGGGAGUGGCUGAAAACAAAAACAUCACUUACCAAUCAAAAAUGGAAGACGUUCACACCUAUGUGGCCAAUUUUGCCGAACGCUUGGACUGGGGGUACUUCGCGGUGUUCGAUGGCCACGCUGGCAAGCAGACGGCCCGGUGGUGUGGGAAUAAUUUGCAUACGCUACUCGAACAAGAGAUCAUUUCGAACGAGGAGCUGGUGAUUUCAACCGAGGUAGACAUGAAGGAUAAUUUAUACAAGUCGUUCAUGAAGGCCGACGAGUUGAUCAGCAAGGAGAAUGCUGGUAACUCCGGCAGCACGGCGGCGGUGGUGGUACUUUUAUGGGAGAAUCGAGGAGAUGCUAUCCCAGCCGAUACCACAGACACCAAUAACACCAAGGGUAGCUAUUCGGUCGACUUUUCAAACCAACACCGUAUGCUCUAUACCGCCAACGUCGGGGACCUGAGAAUCGUAUUGUACCGUAAUGGAGAGGCAUAUCGAUUAAGUUAUGAUCAUAAAGCCAGUGAUAUCAACGAAAUCAACCGAGUCCGAGACUCUGGGGGACUUAUCAUGAAGAAUCGGGUCAAUGGGAUCUUGGCGGUAACGCGGUCUCUAGGUGACUUGUACAUGAAGGACUUGGUGGUGGGCAAGCCAUUCACUACCUCCACCGUUCUAGGAGAGUACGACGAAUUCAUGAUAUUGGCCUGCGAUGGGUUGUGGGAUGUGGUGUCUGACGGGAAGGCGUGUGAGGCUGUCAAACAGUCGUUCCGGACUCUGGACGACCCGGAGGUGGCUGCAAAACGCCUAUGUCAACUCGCACUUGACAACUCUACAACUGAUAACAUCACCGUGAUGGUGGUCAAGUUCGACAAUUCGAUCUUCAAGUCUAAUGAUUAAUGAACGUAUUAAAUAUACACAAACUGUCCUCAAAUAUGCUCUGGUGCUUGCUUUGGUUGUUCCUUGGGGACGAUGGGACGAUACCAGUUGAGGGCCAAACUGCUCAACACCACACUCACCAGUGACGCUGCCAUGGCCGCACUGGCCCAUACAGGGCUCAACCGGGAAUUAUGGUACGGGUAGAUCACCCCAGCUGCAAUUGGGAUUCCUAUCAUGUUGUACACCAAUGCCCACGCAAAGUUGAACUUGACUCGAUUCAAAACCUUGGUAGACAAGUCAAAGAGGGUGACAAGUGUCGUCAAUGGGUGCAGUUUAUUGAGAAGGAUAAAGUCACUUGAAGUCACAGCAAUAUCGGCACCACUGGCAAGGGCGACUCCGAUGUCUGCGGCUGCCAAUGCUGGGGCAUCGUUGAUUCCGUCUCCCACCAUUGCUAUAACCGUGUUUCUGAGACCUUUGAUUCUCUUGAUAUGCAUUUGCUUUUCAUCCGGUAACACCCCCGACACAAUGUGCUCCAGGUCUAAUCCAAGCUCGGAUCCAAUGGCCUGGGCUGUGACACAGUUAUCACCAGUGAUCAUCCAGCACUCGAUUCCAAGUUGAUUCUGAAGAUGGUCGAUGAUGUCUUUGGACUCAUGUCUGAUCUGGUCACGACAGGCAAACAUCACUAACAACUGAUUUUUAUGUUCAGAAAGUAACGCCACUAGUAUCACAGACUUCUUCUCAGACUUCCAUUCUUCAAGGAUGCUCUUUUGUUCAUCUGAAAUAUCGACAUUAUAAUCAUCAAUGAGUGCUUCGUUUCCGAGAAUGGCCACAUUGCCUGUGAGGCCAUUCCAAAACCCAUCGGUGUCUCCAGCGACAAUGGAACCUUUUAAACCUUUUCCAGGAACUGUUUCCACCGCUGGAAUUUUGUUGCUAGUUAGUGCAAAUUGACUAGUGAAAGAUUUAAUGGCUUGAGCGAGUGGGUGUUUAGAACUCAAUUCCAAGUCCCUUGCCAAUUGCACUGCUACCAGCUGCAUCUGUUCAUCAUCUGUACAAAACUGAUGGUCGGUGACUUUGAUCUCGCCAUAGGUUAAGGUUCCUGUCUUGUCGAAGCACACCACUUUGGUGUUGGCAGCAUCUUGGAAAGCAGCUCCUCCACCUUUAACUAAGAUCCCAUUCUUGGCUGCUAAACCUGACCCUACAAAAAGAGCUGUCGGAGCCGCAAGGCCAAUUCCACAGGGACAUGCUAUCACAAACACUGCUAUGGCAAACUGUAAAGACCACAUGAACCAACCACCAAUAUCAACAUCCAAGUAGGAGUCAGGCAAUGCCCCUGAAUAGCUUAGUAUCAACCAUAUAAUAAACACCAAGAUUCCAAUGAAUACAAUAAUUGGCACAAAGUAACCCGUAAGCGCAUCUGCUGUUCUCUCUAUGGGGGCCUUUCUCAUUUGGCCUUCACGAACAGUAUUGAGAAUCUGAUCGAUUAACGAAUCACUCUGAAGACUCAAAAUUUUGGCAAUGACAGCUUGGUUACUCACAUUGACUGUUCCACUAAACACCUGAUUCCCCGGUGAAUGUUUGACGGGUUUAGACUCUCCAGUCAAAGCCGACUCGUCAAACUCAGCUGAGUUUUCAAC